CCGCCUCCACCGAUGGGAUCCCAGGGUAGAAGACAUCAUCAGGCGGUCCAGGAGGUUGCAGGAGCCGGUCGCGUCAUCCCUGGAUGGGCGGCGCACUGACUGGAGGACGGAGGGUGUUUUCCAGCUUUAAAAGCACCGGAGCCGGCCCCUCUGACAUACCGCGCCGCGUCAUCGACCUUGGGAGUCUCUUGAAAACCUUCAUUGGGCUGAAGAGAGAGCCAAACUCACCUCCACCGCGGUUAACGUAGCACCCCUACCUGCGCCCUCUCCACAUCCGACAGUACGCGCUCCCCCCCCCGGCCGCUUGGUGCGCACCGUCCGCCGCGCUGUGCUUCCAAGCUGUACACUCGCUUUGCUUUAACUUCGCUGCAAAUUAUGGUUUUAUGUGAUGGUGUGUGAAGUGAUCUAGCUCUUGCAACAGUGUCAUUGGCGGUUGCUCCUCACAGUCUCACAGCCGGAGAAAGUUGCGCACCGCUUGUUGAAUGCAGGAUACCUUCUGCCUGAGCGGCACUUCCAAGUUCAGCUUUGGAACAGCAGCCGGUAAGGAUCGGGGACUCCAGUUUCUCACCUCUCUCGCCGCCGAUAUGAAGUCUGCAGAAGAAGAUGCAUACAGCUACACACCAAAUGUCAGCCUGUCCCUUCCACUGGGCAUGGGUAACCCCUGUAUGGCCAAUCACUACCACACCUUACAGUCCAGCCCAGUCAUCUCCAUUUCCUCUUGCCACCAAACAGACUACAGCCUCCAAAAUGAUAACCAUGCAGCAUCAGGCUACUACCUGCCCCACGGCCUGAGACCCAAUGGGGCCCCGGCUCUGGAAAGCCCCCGUAUUGAGAUCACUGCCUACAGCCAGUACCCCGAGGAUGAGGUCGAAGAGAGCAGCACUGAGGACCACAUCAUCAAGCGAGGCGUGAACUCCAUUGUGACGCUGACGCUGCCCAAUGCAGACGGCUACCGUGACCCCAGUUGCCUCAGCCCUGCGAGUAGCAUUUCCUCACGCAGCUGUAACUCAGAGACUUCUUCUUACGAGUCCGGCUUCUACAACUACGACAACUCCUCACAGAACUCCCCCUGGCAGUCUCCCUGCGUUUCUCCCAAAGGCUCAUCUUCUCUAAUGUCUUGCCCACAUGCCAGCGGUCCUGUGGCUUCCCCACACCAUUCCCCCUCCACCUCUCCUCAGAUAGGAGCCGUGGCCGAGGAAGGCUGGCCGACACAACUUCGUGGCUCCAGGCCUAACUCCCCGUCCUGCAGCGGCGGCAGCGGAGUCAACGGCGGAAGCAUAGGGAAGAGAAAGUACAGCUUCAAUGGCACCACCUACCGUCAGACAUCCUGCUCCCCCAAGCAAUCACCCGUCCCAUCCCCACAUGGCUCCCCCAAGGUCAGCAUCACAGAUGAGAACUGGCUCGACAACACCAACCAGUACACCAACUCUGCCAUCGUGGCCGCCAUCAACGCUCUGACCACAGAUGGAGUGGUAGACAUGGGGGAGGGUAUCCCAAUCAAAACAAGGAAGACCAUGCUGGACCACUCCAUGAGCCUGAAGGUUGAGCCUACUGGCGAAGUGCUGGGUCUUGAUGGGGAGCUCUGCCAUGAGGACUACCCCUCCCGCCUGGCCGUCAAGAAGGAGAACUACUGUGGAGGGUUCCUGGAUGUUCCACAGCAUCCGUACUCCUGGUCUAAACCCAAGCCUUACCUCAGCCCAUCGAUGCCAGCUCUUGACUGGCAGCUUCCGUCCUGCUCCGGCCCGUACAACCUACAGAUCGAGGUGCAGCCAAAGUCCCACCACAGGGCCCACUAUGAGACUGAAGGCAGCCGCGGGGCGGUGAAGGCGCUGUGUGGAAGCCACCCUGUAGUACAGCUUUAUGGCUACAUGGAAAGCGAGCCGCUCACCCUGCAGCUGUUCAUAGGGACCGCAGACGACCGCCUCCUGCGACCACAUGCCUUCUACCAGGUUCACCGCAUCACUGGCAAAACCGUCUCCACCGCCAGCCAUGAAGUCAUGCAAUCCAACACCAAAGUUCUGGAGAUCCCUCUGCUGCCUGAAAACAACAUGAGGGCCAUAAUUGACUGUGCAGGGAUCCUGAAGCUGCGUAAUUCGGACAUUGAGCUUCGCAAAGGAGAGACAGACAUCGGACGCAAGAACACACGCGUGAGAUUGGUGUUUCGCGUGCACAUCAACCAGCCCAACGGCAGGACAGUGUCCCUACAGGCUUCUUCGAACCCCAUUGAAUGUUCCCAACGCUCAGCUCAGGAGCUUCCCUUGGUGGAGAAGCAGAGUGUGGAAAGUUACUCUGCCACUGGAGGCAAAAUGAUGCUCCUGCAUGGCCUCAACUUCCUCCCUGACUCCAAGGUGGUGUUUGUAGAGAAGGCCCAGGAUGGGCAUCAUCUGUGGGAGACAGAAGCCAAAGUGGACAAGGACUCCGUCAAAAAUAGUACUCUUGUUGUGGAGAUCCCGCCGUACAGGAACCAGAGAAUAUCCAGCCCCGUGCAGGUUAACUUCUACGUCUGCAACGGCAAGAGGAAGAGGAGCCAGUGCCAGCGCUUCACCUUCCUGCCUCCAAACGUGCCGAUAAUAAAGACAGAACCCAAUGAUGAAUAUGAUUCUCUGGGGACUGCAAGACUGCCCAUGCAUUCAAAGCCCUAUUUCAGCCGGCCCAGGCUCACUCCCAUCAUGCCCGUAGCCGAUCCUGAUGCCUGCCUGGUUGGUGGUUACCCCCCCUGCCCGCCUCGCCACGCUGCAAUGCCAUCGUCGCCCCUCAGCUCCAGCCCCACUCUGCACGACCUGUCCCCCGUGGCUUACAGCAAGUGCCUUCCCAACAGCCCCACCCAUGCGGCACCACCAGGCCCCAUGGUGCCCCCCGUCCAGGAGACCCCUGGCCUCCCCAACCUUGCCCACCCAGCAUCGCCAGACCACAACUCUCCCCUAGGGAUGCUUCAUUCCCAGGGCAGCCCAAACCACCUCAACAGCACAGGGCCCCAUGGUUACCACACUAUUUAUGCCAACAGCAGUCCCUCGUCCUCCCCGGUAUCCCACCCUUCCACUCCCGGGGAGAGCACGUUCAUUCAGGCCUACAGCCCGAGUCAGGCUCAGCAGGCAGCCAGCUCAGCCCAGGCCGGAGGAAGCUCACCCAGCCUGUUACCUGAGGACGCCAGCCCCCCUUCGAUGGCCAUCACCGUCAAACAGGAGCCCCAGGAACUGGACCAGAUGUACCUAGACGAUGUUAACGAGAUCAUCAGGAACGACCUCUCCAGCAUUUCCGUGCACACCCAUGCAUAGACAUCCACAAGUCUUUUGCAACACACACACACACACACUCGAUCAGCAGCAGAAUCAACUAAAAGAGGAUAACACGCCCCAGAGAUCCAGAUGAUGAAGAAUACAUUUCUGACCAGGUUCUCCCAUCUGACUAUCUCCUAAUUCCCAGACUGCAGACUCACAUUGACAAUCACUGGCUCCAAGCUCCAUUUGAAUAAACAGAUGAAUGUUAUAUU